GGUGCUCAUACUUGUCGUGGGUGUUAUCUGUUGAUUGAACGGUAAGUGUUUUGAGCAUAAUAAAUGCUUUUCCCCUUUGAUGCUAGAUCAUCAAAAUUUCAUGGGAUUUGUACAUUGUUUCUUUUGAAAAUGCCUGCACUUCAAUGAGCUCUGUACAUUGUUUAUUUGAAAAAUCAUGCAGGAUGGAAACAUAGUUUGCAAAUCAUAUCGGGAAACGAUGGAGCUGAUAGCAAAUUUAGAGCAGUCUCAUGUUACAGAAGGUUUAACCCCAGCAAAUUUAAAGUAUGUGGAACGAGUUUUUCAGGAUGCUGUUGGAGACAAACAAGAAAUCGAUUUGGAACGCUUCAAGAAAAUUGUCCAGUCUAAAAAUAUGUUUUUUGUGGAACGUAUAUUUAAUGUUUUCGAUACCGAUAAGUCUGGAUCCGUGUCGCUGGAGGAGUUUAUGCGUGUCAUGCGUUGCUUCUCGCAACAGAGCCCAGUAGAAAAGUUGCGCUACUUGUUCGACGUUUAUGACUUGAAUAGUGAUGGUACUAUUCAGUUCAGCGAGCUGAGGAAUGUGAUCAGCGAGUGCAUGAAAGAAAAUGGUUUGACCUUCGAAGAGACUGAAAUCGAUGAGCUGACUCGUAUGCUGUUCGAAGAUGCGGACACGGACGGCAGUGGAACGAUUACUUUCAAUGAAUUCAAGAACCAAUUACAGAGACAUCCCGCCUUCAUGGAAAAUCUCACACUCAGUAUAGAGAGAAGUCUUUUACCUCCAAUGGAAGCUCCUAAAAAACAUCAGUGGUUGAAGCAUUUAAAUCAUCGAAAAGUAACAUGGAAAAGAAUACGGAAUAACUGGACCAGUGUGGUAUACUUAUGGCUAUACUUCUUUGUCAAUCUCGCUAUUUUUGGUUCCAGGGCUUAUCAGUAUUCAGACCAUAACGCAUUUGUGAUAAUAGCUCGAGCAUGUGGGCAGUGUUUGAAUUUCAAUUGCGCCUUCAUCGUAAUAUUGGUUCUACGACAAACAUUAACGUGGCUACGAACGCAUGGAUUUUCCCAAUAUUUUCCUAUUGAUCAACACUUGUAUUACCACAAACUUACAGGAUGGGUGAUUUUCUUCUAUAGUUGGCUUCAUACAAUUAUGCAUAUUGCGAAUUUCGCUGAAAUGUCUGAAGAAGACGAUACUCCCGAUUUGAUUGAAUAUCUUACUUCAACGAAUUUAGGCAUUGGAUGGGUAAACGGCGUAGCAUGCCUCACAGGAUGGGUUCUUCUAGUGAUGCUUACUGUCAUGGUUGUCUCUGCAAUGCCUUUUGUCCGGAGGAAUGGAAAAUUCGAAGUGUUCUAUUAUCUACAUCUGUUAUCGUUUUUCUUCUGGAUAUGCUUGAUUCUUCAUGGUCCAAGCUUCUGGAUGUGGUUCUUAGGACCUGCUGUCUUGUUUAGUAUUGAAAUUGCUAUUCGUAUCAACAGAAAUCUUUCAAGUGGAAAAACUGCUUAUGUCAAGCAAGGAGUUUUGCUACCAUCUAAGGUAACUCAUCUUGUAAUCAAGAGACCUCCAAAGUUUGAUUUUAGGCCUGGUGAUUAUGUUUACAUUAAUAUACCUGCUAUAGCUAAGUUUGAAUGGCAUCCUUUUACAAUAAGCAGUGCUCCUGAACUUGAUGACGUCAUCUGGCUGCACAUCAGAGGUGUUGGUGAAUGGACUAACAGUUUAUAUAGUUAUUUUCAGCGAGAAGAUAAAGAAGCGAUUUUGAGCGAUGAACUUGCUCAAAACCUUGUCCAUCAUUCCCCUCAAAAAGAUGAUAAACAAGCACAAACAAAUGAAUGUUUACUUUCGGUUGAAGCCGAUAAUCCCUCAAACCUGAAGCUUGCAAAAGCUAUUCCUGUCACAUCUGUUGGUGGUAAAGACAGCCCAGAUGACACAUUCGUAUUUAAGUCUACUUCAUCAGCAGUCGGUCCAAAUGAAGCUACAGCUUCAAAAGCUCCUGGAAACUGUACUUAUCUUAAUGUUGUUGACGAUAAAAGCUAUACGAACUCUUCAUUUUGCUCGGAUGAAAGCGUGAAUGAUACAGUUAUAAAACUAGACUCUCUUGAUACAACAUAUAAUGUCGAUUUAAAGGUAAACAGGGGAAGUUCUCUGAAUGAACGUUCUGGAUCUCCAAGUAUUUGGCAAAGAAUUUCCUUGCGUUCAACUUCUGCUAGUCAAGCCAAACGAAUAAAUAAGGAGAACAUUCGUUCUACAGUAGCAGUUCAGGACAAAAAUACCUUAAAACUAGAAAAUUCACAUCAAUCCAGAUUAUCCUGGAAAAAGUCUCCGAAAGAAAAAAGAAAAUCUGUCCGUAUUUCUGUAGCAAAGAGAGGGUUGAGACGUUGUCAGACCGUCAUUGUCAUGCCAACAGUUGGUGACGACGAAGAUUAUGAAGAACUGAAGAAUGAAGAGGAUGAGGAUUACUUGGAAAACGAUGAUGUUAAGGAUCUGAAACGAGAAGAAGAAAAUAUUGUGAUAACUCAAAAAUCUUUAAAGAUAUUCUUAGAUGGACCAUAUGGAUCUCCUACUCGUCAUAUAUUUCAAGCCCGGCAUGCAGUUUUGAUAGCCACUGGCAUUGGAGUAACACCUUUUGCCAGCAUCCUCCAGAGUAUAAUGUGUCAGUAUAAGAAAUCCAAACACACUUGCCCAAAAUGCAGCCAUAAAUGGUCUGAUCCCAUACCAGUAUCCAACAUUCACCUUAAAAAGGUGGACUUCUUUUGGCUUAACAGGCACCAACGUGCCUUUGAAUGGUUCGUAAAUUUAUUGAGUGAGUUAGAAGUUGAGCAGGCUCAAUUAGAAGAAAGGGACCGCUUCUUAGACAUUCACAUGUACAUAACUUCAGCUCUCCGCAGGACAGAUAUGAAAGCUGUUGGCCUACAAAUGGCGUUAGAUCUACUCUACAAAAAAGAAAAAAGGUGCCUCAUAACAGGACUCAAAAGUCGAACACAACCAGGAAGACCAGACUGGAAUAAAGUUUUCACCGAAAUAGCCAAACAGAGAAAAGGAAAAGUUACAGUAUUCUUUUGUGGACCAAAUGAGUUGGCGAAAGUCUUAUCAGCCAAAUGUGAUGAAUUUAAAUUCCGAUUUAGAAAGGAGAUAUUUUAAAUAUUUUAAACUCGAGCUUUUAUUUUUAUACUUCUUAAAUAUCUUUUUUUAUUUUCUAAAUGCGUUUGUCUUAUCUGUAAACUAUAUUUUUGUUAUUAAACUUGUACCUCUAAGAAUUGUGUAUUCUACGUAAUUAUUCGUUCUGGGAAAUAACUGAAAAAAGUUUUUUUAUAUGUAUACUAUACGUAGUUCU